CUCUGAAGCCUCAACCUGCACUCACCCUCUCCAAUGACCUCUCUCUCUCUCUCUCGAGACUCACGAUUCCAGUUUUGAGUGAAAUUAAACUCAAAAUUCUCGAGACUCACAAUUCCAGUUUUGAGUGAAAUUAAACUCAACCUUGUUCUUCGCUGAAAAUCUCUCUCUCCACUGCAACUGUUACAUUUCCCUGAAAGCACACACUCUUGCUAGACACAUUCCCAUUCCCAUUCCCAUGUCUUGUUCUUUUUCUGUGCAUCCCUUGUGGUCAACAUGUCCUCUUAAAAGGCUUGGCAAUGGAGAAACUAAGAGGAUUACAUUGAGAGGAAACAAUCCUACUACUGCUACUACUGUGUUAUGUGCCACCAAAAACAAGGAAGAAUCAUCAUCAUCAACAUGGGGCAGUAGUUCCUGGGUGAGCCCUGAUUGGCUAACCUCCUUGGUUCGGCUCGGGGCGAGGCGGCUCGACGAUGGUAUCCCCCUUGUCGAUGCGAAGCUUGAGGAUGUCUCGGAGCUGCUGGGAGGGGCCCUCUUUCUUCCCCUCUUCAAGUGGAUGAAAGAGUAUGGACCCAUUUAUAGGCUUGCUGCUGGGCCCCGCGACUUUGUUGUCGUUAGCGACCCCACCAUGGCGAAGCACGUCCUGAGGAAUUACGGCAAGUAUGCCAAGGGUCUAGUGUCUGAAGUCUCUGAGUUUCUCUUUGGCUCCGGUUUUGCCAUUGCCGAGGCCCCUCUCUGGACGGUCAGGCGCAGGGCUGUGGUUCCCUCUCUCCACAAAAAGUAUUUAUCAGUAAUUGUUGACAAAGUAUUUUGCACGUGUGCUGAGAGAUUACUGGAAAACCUAAAAUCAGAUGCUAAAAUUGGUGCUUCUGUCAACAUGGAGGAAAAGUUUUCUCAACUUACGUUGGAUGUUAUAGGUUUGUCCUUGUUCAAUUACAACUUCGAUUCGCUGACUUCAGACAGUCCGGUUAUUGAUGCAGUUUAUACUGCCUUGAAAGAGGCAGAGGCUCGUUCUACUGAUAUUUUUCCUUAUUGGAAGAUUGUAUUUCUUCGUAAAGUCAUCCCUAGGCAAAUAAAAGCGGAGAAGGCAGUUGCAUUAAUCAGAAGAACUGUUGAAGGGCUCAUAGCAAAGUGCAGAGAGAUUGUGGAAGCUGAAAAUGAGUUGAUUGAUACUGAGGAAUAUGUUAAUGAAACAGACCCUAGUAUUCUGAGGUUCUUAUUAGCAAGUCGAGAAGAGGUAACCAGCUUACAGUUACGCGAUGACCUUUUGUCAAUGCUGGUUGCUGGCCAUGAAACAACUGGUUCUGUCCUGACUUGGACUGUGUAUCUUUUGAGCAAGAACCCUUCCUCCUUAUCCAAAGCACAGGAAGAGGUUGACAGAGUUCUACAAGGGAGACUCCCUAGGUAUGAAGAUGCAAAGGAGCUGAAAUAUGUUACCCGUUGCAUAAAUGAGUCGAUGCGUCUCUAUCCACAUCCUCCUGUUUUGAUAAGGAGGGCCCAAGAAGAUGAUGUGCUUCCAGGUAACUACAAGAUUAAUGCUGGUCAAGAUAUAAUGAUUUCUGUGUACAAUAUUCAUCACUCUGCAAAGGUUUGGGAUAUAGCAGAGGAAUUCUUUCCAGAGCGAUUCAAUCUAGACGCACCUUUGCCCAAUGAGUCAAAUACCGAUUUCAGGUUCAUCCCCUUUAGUGGAGGACCACGCAAGUGUGUGGGCGAUCAGUUCGCAAUGCUGGAGGCAAUUGUGACACUGACUGUUUUACUUCAGAAUCUCACUUUCGAGCUGGUCCCUAAUCAAGACAUAGGAAUGACAACUGGAGCAACCAUUCAUACAACCAAGGGCUUGUACAUGAUUCUCUCCCAACGAUAGCAAGCUAGUGAGAUGAUACAGUCAAAUAUCAUGAACGAAUAGGGAUGGGUCCUAUGAAAUCUUCGAUUAGUUUGAUGAGCCCCACGUCUAUAGGUCCCAUCAAAGCCCCAAAGUUGGAGAGUUUCGCUUGAUUUAUCCCUUCAAUUUCCAUCUGCCUGCCUGACGAGCCUUUUGGAAUAAGAACGUGUAUGCCGUGCUCCCCGGGGAGCAUAUGAAUAACGCAUUAUAUAGUGAAUGACAUUUCAAAAGGAACCUCCCCUUGUAUUACUGAUUUCUGAAAGUGCAAGAAGCCAAUUUGUUUUAUGGAAAGUGUAUUUAUUAUCUGAUGAACAGUUAUGUAAUUCUCAUGUGACAUGCUUAUACUACCUCAUUAAGAAAUCAUGGGUCACAACCCCAAGACCAA